UAUAAAUAUCAUGAAUCAAGCCUAUUCCACAUCAAACCAACUUCACUCAAACACCACCCCAAAAUAGAAACUAAAAAAACACACUUAUAAUGAAAAUGGUGAAGAAGGAAUCCAAGAUUCCGUCGUCGUCGUCGUCGAAGAAGAGAUUCAAGGGUGUGAGAAUGAGGACAUGGGGAUCAUGGGUGUCGGAAAUCAGAGCUCCGAAUCAGAAAACAAGAAUCUGGCUGGGCUCAUAUUCGACGGCGGAGGCCGCCGCCAGAGCCUACGACGCCGCCCUCCUGUGCCUCAAGGGCCCAAAGGCCAAUCUCAAUUUCCCCAAAUCAAUCCAAACCCUCAGCAUUCCCGACGAUCAAACCGCCCCCAUGUCGCCCAAAUCCAUCCAAAAAAUCGCUGCCGCCGCAGCCCUUCUAGAAGCUUCCGAAGAAACGAAUCCGCCUUCGCCGGAUUCUUCUUCUUCUUCGUCGUCGUCAUCAUCAUCGUCGUUGUCGCCGUCGAUUUCUUCGUCUUCGAUUGAUGAUGAUUUGAUUCUAUUGGCUGCUGCUGAUUGUGACGGCUGCGGCGGCGGCGGUGGUGGUGAAGGGGAGAUGGCGUGGUACAACUUUGAAUCCCCCAAGUACUACGAGAUGAUAGAUGGGGUAUUUUUUGAUUCGAGUAUGGUGACUGGGUCUGGGAGUGAUUACGGUUGUGUUGAGGAAGAAGAAGAUAUUAGAUUAUGGAGCUUUUGAUUGAUUGAUUGAAGAAGAGGAAUUUGGACGAUUUUUUUAUUUGUUUGAUGAUCUUCACAUUAUUUCUUGGAGACAUUGCUGACAGCCACGGGAUUUUUUGUUCUAUUUUAGUAUGAAUAAGUUUAUUGUGAAAUUCCAAGGAUUUUACAAUGAAAUUCUCUUUUGGUGAUUUAA